AUGGACACAGACUGGAUUGGUGUGAGAUCAGAUCAUGAGGAGCUUGCUGACAACCUAGGGCAGGUGCUUGGGGGUGUUCAAGAGCGUGGGGUCUGUUCCCUUGGGGUGGUAAAGGAGGAGAUUUCAGAUGACAAUGCAAAGCUGCCCUGCUUCAAUGGAAGAGUGGUGUCCUGGCUGGUCCUGGCUGAAGGCUCCCACUCUGACACAGGCUCCCAGUGCACCGAGAGCCACACGGACCUUCCACCACCCAUCGAGAGAACAGGCGGCAUCGGCGACUCCCGCCCUCCGUCCUUCCACCCCAAUGCUGCCAGCAGCCGGGAUGGCCUGGACAAUGAGACAGGAACAGAGUCAGUCAUUAGUCACCGGCGAGACAGACACCGACGGAGAAACAGAGAAGGACAUGAGGAUGUCCCUCGGAUCAAUGGGCACCCGAAGCUGGACAGGCACCGUGAGCACCCUCCUGGCUAUGACAGCUCCUCCACCAUGCUGAGCAGUGAGCUGGAGUCCAGCAGCUUCAUUGACUCUGAUGAUGAUGACAACACAAGCAGGUUGAGUAGUUCCACCGAGCAAAGCACUUCAUCCCGGCUCAUACGGAAACAUAAACGCAGGAGGAGGAAACAAAGGAUGCGGCAGAUUGACAGGUCGUCUUCGUUCAGCAGCAUCACUGAUUCUACCAUGUCCCUAAAUAUCAUCACUGUCACACUCAACAUGGAAAAAUAUAACUUCCUGGGAAUCAGCAUUGUAGGACAGAGCAAUGACCGGGGUGAUGGUGGCAUAUACAUUGGCUCUAUUAUGAAAGGAGGGGCUGUGGCAGCAGACGGCCGAAUUGAACCAGGAGACAUGCUUCUGCAGGUGAAUGAUGUCAAUUUUGAGAACAUGAGCAAUGAUGAUGCAGUCCGGGUUUUACGGGAAAUAGUCUCCAAACCAGGACCUAUCAGCUUAACAGUAGCCAAAUGCUGGGACCCUACUCCCAGGAGUUAUUUCACCAUCCCCAGGGCUGAACCCGUGAGGCCGAUCGACCCCGCGGCGUGGAUCUCUCAUACCACGGCCAUGACGGGAGCGUUCCCCCGCUACGAAUUAGAAGAAUCUCCCUUAACUGUGAAGAGUGACAUGGCUACUAUUGUCAAGGUUAUGCAGCUGCCAGAUUCAGGCCUUGAAAUUCGGGACAGGAUGUGGUUAAAAAUUACCAUCUCCAAUGCAGUGAUAGGAGCAGAUGUGGUUGACUGGCUUUACACACAUGUGGAAGGCUUCAAAGACCGGCGGGAGGCGAGGAAGUACGCCAGCAGCAUGCUGAAACAUGGCUACCUCAGGCACACAGUGAACAAGAUCACCUUCUCAGAGCAGUGCUAUUAUGUCUUUGGAGACCUCUGUGGCAAUAUGGCUGCACUGAAUCUUAACAAUGGUUCUAGCGGAGCCUCAGAUCAGGACACCCUUGCUCCACUUCCACAUCCUGCUGCCCCAUGGCCCUUAGGCCAAGGAUACCCAUAUCAGUAUCCUCUGCCCCCUCCGUGUUUUCCACCAGCAUACCAAGACCCAGGCUUUAGCUAUGGUAGUGGCAGUGCAGGGAGCCAGCAAAGUGAAGGAGUCCCACCCCUCUACAACCUCCCCAAGCUGGGCUCCAAAGUCUACGGGACGAGCGGACCCCCGGGAGGACCCCCCGUCAGGGAACUGAGCUCCGUUCCUCCGGAGCUGACGGGCAGCAGGCAGUCCUUCCAGAAGGCUAUGGGCAACCCUUGUGAAUUCUUUGUUGACAUCAUGUGA